AUGUGUCGGAAGUAUGACAGAUUGUCGGUCAAAGGAAAAGAGCAGAUAGAUAUUUUGCAAUACAAUGAAGUACUACUAAUAUCCAAUGACUUCCAUCCUACUACUGAGCAGGGAAAACAAGUCAAAAGGAGUAAAUGCGCACCUAGUGGGGAUAGAUGCUACUGGACAGGACAUAGGGAGGACUGGUCCGAUGCGUGGGAAUGUCGGGUCGGGAUUGGACAUGCGUCGGACUGUCAGAAAUAUCAAAAUAGCUGGUUCCAAGCCCAGCGCCACAACCAUCAUUACACCGGCACAGUCAGAAGAAUAACUUUCCAGGCACAUAUCCAGCACACUGGCGCACUGCAUGUUGGGCAACAUUUUGGGGCAGCACUAUUCUUCAGCCUUUACCAUCAGAACAGUAAUUUGCUCACUGGGUCCCCAACAUUCCCAACCAUGCCACCUCGCCGAUGUGCUCUCAACACAUUCCAGACUUCAUCCCCUGCUGCUGUAGAUCCCCCCAUAAACACCCCGCAGACUUCAUCCCCUGCUGCUGUAGUUCCCCCCAUAAACACACCCCAGACUUUAUCCCCUGUCGCUGCAGCUCCCUCCGCUGCAUCCACCCUCACUACAGCUCCCCAUGUUGCAAACUCAAAGGCCCACCACAAGGCUUUGAGGCAGUACAGCUUGCAGGACUGGUCCAAGCCGCACGCCAUGGGACGUCAAACAAAACAGCUAGGAUCGGAGGUGCACCAUUUUUUUUACCAAAGACACAAUGUCAGGGCAGCGCAUAUGUGCACCCUGUGUAAAGAAGAUUCAUCACAUGAUAUUGCUGAAUACAGCUCGUUGACUACCAUGGGCACUCUUCACGGUCAUCUGCUCAAAAUUCACUUGCGUGUUUAUAUAACUGCACUUGAGCGACACAAUCUAAAAGUUGGGGCAAAAGAAGUUCGAGAUCUUCUUGAUAUAGGCUGGACUCUCGCACAGAUAGGUCAAGAGCUUGACCAGAACCCAGAUAAGCUUCUUGAGUCAUUUGGUUCCCCCCCCGGUGGUAAGCAUCUUGGUUUGCAACCCAGGACAGGGGUGUCGGCACUUGCAGAUGAGAUACCAGAUUAUACCAUUGAGGAGAUGCAUAGGCAACUUGUCAAAUUCAUUGUGGUCGAUGACCAGGUGAUGAAUGUAAUAGAAUGCCCUGAGUUCCCUCGCUUACUUCUACUUCUGUGGAAAGAUCUAUGGGAGUGCGACAUCCCUCAUUGGACGAAGCUACCAAGAUCUGGCCAUAAGUGUAUGACUGUUUGA